AAGAAGAUCUCAUGAAAUACAUCUGAUGUAGUAUGUUGCAUCAAUGACGUAAUUUUUACAGUUACAUACAUAACAUGGAAAUCAGCACAGCAGCAUAGCCAACAGUACAAUUUUGUUUCCAACUGUAGCGUUGAGUUGACUUAUGGGCCACACUUUUACAAUUGACUGAUCCGUUGUAUAACAUUAUGUGAGUAAAAGCAAGUAAUAUUUGAUCUAUGUAAAAUCACUCUGGCCUCUCUGCUGAAAUAUCUACAGAUUUUUACCUUCUGAAAUAAAAUCUAACUUGUCACUUAGCUGACCCAUGUUAUCAACAACCAACAGGUGGUCAAAUGACAUGAAUGUUCGAAGAAGGUAGUAACGGGUUAUUAAAUUGAUCUCAUAGCGAAAUAACUUCUUUGAAAUGGAAAUAUAUGAGGAGCUGAAGAUAUGCAUGUUUGGCCUAUCAUGCCCUCACUGAAAUAGCUAACUGAUUCCAUCCAGCAUAACACAUGCACUCUUUUUUUUUCUUUUUUGAUAUAACACAUGCAUUCAUCACUGAUGUUGUAAGCUCAAGAUAGAAGGAGGUUAGUUAUUAAUCAAGCUUAAUAUUUGCGAUGACUUUAUCCAUCUCCUAUACAAAAAUCAUAUUUCAAAAUACUCCAAUUUGAGGAUAUUUGAAUGAAAAAAAUAUUAAAAUCCACUCUUAGAAGACCAUUCCUUAAUUUGCACUCACCAUGUCACUGGAGCCGGCGGUGGGGGUAGUAGCCCCAGCAACGGUGCCAAGCACCACUCACGUUGGCAAGUGCACCCGACCAACCGCGUCCACAUGCGCCGCCACCAGGGCCUGCACGCCGUCGGCGCGAGCGGCAGCGCGUCUGGGUGGAGGGGCGCAGCAGCGGGACGGGGUUCAAGACGCUGACGCGGGACCUCCUCGCGAUCUCGUUCCGUACCGGUCCACUGCGCCUCCUCGACGUCGGCCCCCUCAGCCCUCCUCGACACAUCCAGUGUGCUCCUCGCGCUUCUUCUUGUUGCUCCGGACGAAGAAAAAAAAAUGGUCUCCCUCGGGAUGACAGUCGCCGCGGCGGCGUUGUUGUUGGCGCUGGUCCUCGGGUCCACGAGCAACGGCGCGGCGGCGGCCCGGCCGAUGGCGGCGCCGGGUCCGGCGCCGGGACCGUGGGCGGGGCUGGGGAUGGAGGCGGAGAAGCAGCUGCUGCAGACGUCGCGGCCGUACAACAUCGCGCACAGGGGAUCCAACGGCGAGUUCCCGGAGGAGACAGCGGCGGCCUACUUGCGCGCCGUGGACGAGGGCGCCGACUUCAUCGAGGCCGACGUGGCGGCCACCAAGGACGGCCACCUCGUCUGCUUCCACGACAUGACGCUCGACGACACCACCGACGUCGCGGCCCACCCGGAGUUCGCGGGCCGCCGCCGUACCCUCGAGGUCCAGUGGGCCAACGUCACAGGCUUCUUCAUCACUGAUUUCACGCUGGCGGAGCUCAAGACGCUGAGGACGAAGCAGAGAUGGGAGUUCCGGGACAAAUCACACGAUGGCGUUUCUCCCAUCAUCACCUUUGACGAGUUCAUCAGCAUCGCCCUGAACGCCAAGCGGGUCGUCGGGAUCUACCCGGAGAUGAAGAGCCCCGUCUUCAUCAACCAGCACGUGAAGUGGGCGGACGGGAAGAAGUACGAGGACAAGUUCAUCGGGACGCUGAAGAAGCACGGGUACGGUGGCAAGUACAUGUCCCCGGCGUGGAAGGCGAAGCCACUGUUCAUCCAGUCCUUCGCGCCGACAUCGCUGAUCUACGCCGCCGAGCUCACCGACUCGCCCAAGGUGUUCCUCAUCGAUGACGUGACGGUGCGCACCGAGGACACGAACCAGUCCUACGACGAGAUCACCUCGGGCCAGUACCUGGACUACAUGAAGGAGUACGUCGUCGGCAUCGGCCCGUGGAAGGACACGGUGGUGCCGCCCACCAAGGACAACCGGCUGGCGGCGCCCACGGACCUCGUCGCCGUGGCGCACGCCAGGGGCCUCCAGGUGCACCCUUACACGUACAGGAACGAGAACAAGUUCUUAAGGUUCAACUUCAGGCAGGACCCCUAUGCUGAGUACGACUACUGGCUCAAUGUCAUCGGCGUCGACGGCCUCUUCACCGACUUCCCGGCCAGCCUCCGGCGAUUCCAGCAGUGGACCGCCAAGAACAGAAGCCGAGUUUGAUGUGAGACGCAAGUUUAGAUCGUAGUAGCGUUUUGUUUUCUUUUUUAGGUUCUUCUUAUGUUGCUUCGAAGCUGUGAGAUGGAUUAGUCUUAGGAUUUUGCACUGGCGAUAUACAUGGAUUGAGUAUUUUUCUCUUUUGUGAGAUGGAUUGAUGUUAAGGAUUUUGAACUGGCGAUAGAGAUGGAUCAAUUACAUUGAGUAUGUUCUUGCUGAGGUAUUUUUUUUCUCUUCAGAGGAUUGACCUGAACUAAUGAAUUGAAAAUGCUCUUCGGAUCCAA